UCCGGUUCGGUCCGGUUCGGUGUAUUAUCGUACUUACACGUUAGCAAUUGGUCAUUUUUGACAUCAACAUUCUCACCCCUCACCUUUUCUGUUUUAACAAUCGAAUUUUCUCCCAGCGUCGCUGUCUGUCUCUGUUUCUUUUAACAAAAUGUAUUUUAUUUUAAUUAAAAAAGGGUAUGGUAUUUUCUUGUAUUUUGAUUGAUAUUUGAUGCUAAUCUCGAUUACUGAGAGAAGAGCAGAACCAGAUGCUCGAAGAGGAGCGCCAAUACAACGAUUCGAGCUUCUCUGCAAAGUUUCAGAGCUUUUUGUAGUUCUUUUGUUGCUUUCUUCUUACUUUCCCUCUCUUUUUCAAUGGGUAAUUGCCUCGAAAAAGCUUGCUCUAAGGUGGAUAACUCCCUCAACUCUUUCCCUAAUUCUGAAGAACCAAAAAAACAUAAUAGGAAAGGUCAUUCAUCUGCUUCUUUGAGAGCUCCAUCUCUUGGCGGGAGUACGCCAUCUAGAGGUCUUCAAGCUCAUAGAUCCGAAGGUGAAAUAUUGCUGUCUCCAAAUCUGAAAGCCUUCACAUACAGUGAGCUUAGGAAUGCUACUAAAAACUUCCGCCCUGACAGUCUAAUUGGAGAAGGAGGGUUUGGUCAUGUUUACAAAGGAUGGAUUGAUGAACACACACUAGAAGCUGUGAGACCUGGAGCUGGAAUGGUUGUUGCAGUGAAGAAGCUUAAACCUGAAGGCUUUCAAGGACACAAGGAAUGGCUGUCCGAAGUUAACUACCUCGGUCAGCUUCAUCAUCCGAAUCUGGUUAAACUAAUCGGGUUCUGCCUUGAUGGGGACAGCCGACUUUUAGUCUACGAGUAUAUGUCCAAAGGCAGCCUCGAAAAUCAUCUAUUUAGAAGGGGUGCGCGACCACUUUCAUGGGCAAUAAGGAUCAAAGUUGCUAUCGGUGCUGCUCGAGGGCUUUCCUUUCUGCAUGACUCGGAAGAACCAGUUAUCUAUCGCGAUUUCAAAGCAUCGAACAUCCUUUUAGAUUCAGAAUUCAAUGCAAAACUUUCAGAUUUUGGUUUGGCAAAAGCAGGCCCAACUGGUGAUCGGACUCAUGUGUCCACUCAAGUUAUGGGUACUCAAGGCUAUGCCGCUCCAGAAUAUAUUGCCACUGGUAGGCUAACAGCUAAGUGUGAUGUGUAUAGCUUUGGGGUUGUACUGCUGGAGCUUCUUUCGGGACGUCGUGCUGUUGAUAAAACUAAAGUUGGUAUCGAACAGAAUCUUGUGGAAUGGGCGAAACCGUACUUGGCUGAUAAACGCAAGUUAUUUCGGAUAAUGGACACGAAGUUAGAGGGCCAAUACCCUCAAAAAGCUGCGUACAUGACUACAGUACUUGCAUUGCAAUGCAUUCGAGAGGCAAAAUUACGACCACAGAUGUCCGAAGUUCUAUCUUCUCUUGAAGAGCUCCCCCUGGUUAAGCAUGUCGAUAACCAAAGAUUAAACAGUCCGGGGCCGAAGUCCCCGCUGAGACAUACACCAAAAGCGAGCUCUCCAUUACCAUCCAAAUGAAAAUUGUAGGGACCUUUGAGAUGAGAUGGAUCACGUUUUUAUUAAUGACCCAAGUAAAUAAAUAUUUUUUUGACUUAGGCACGUUCGGUUGGUAGACUGGAGCAGUCGAAAUUCUCAACUCGUCUCCGACUAUAACUUGGAUAGAGCAAAGAGGCCAAUAUUCUGACCGAAGAGAACGAGCGCGAUCAAUGUUUCUAUUCUGCAAACAACAGCAAAUCAGUUAAAUUUGAUUGGUUUUUUGAG